GUGGAAGUGGGGGAGGGAAGCUAUGUGUGUUGGUUGCGUUGAUACGGUUACGGUAGUUGUUAGGGAGUGGGGCUACAUUUCUUCCGUGAGAAAUUAAGUGGUUUAUAAUUAUUUUCUUUGUAGGCAUUCACCAUGAAUCACAACGUAUCAGAAGGAAAACUAGAGUUGGAAUGGGGAAACGAGAAACUGCAAAAGGCGCAGAAGCAGAUCGAAGAAAAUCCGUUCGACCUAGAGGCAUGGAGUCUCCUUAUCCGCGAAGCUCAGACCAAGUGGAUUGGAGAAAUGCGUCCUCUGUUUGAGAAACUAGUCACGACGUUUCCCAGUGCUGGAAGAUACUGGAAGAUUUAUAUAGAACAAGAGAUGAAGGCAAGAAAUUAUGAGAAAGUAGAAAAGCUAUUCCAAAGGUGUCUUAUGAAGGUCCUUAACAUAGAAUUAUGGAAGUUGUACCUGUCCUAUGUGAAAGAAACAAAGAAUACUCUCCCAACUUACAAAGAGAAGAUGGCACAAGCAUAUGAUUUUGCACUGGAAAAAAUAGGAAUGGAUAUACAAUCUUAUUCUAUAUGGAACGAUUAUGUGAAUUUCUUGAAGAGUGUUGAGGCUGUGGGGUCAUAUGCUGAAAAUCAGAAAAUCAGUGCUGUAAGAAAGGUUUAUCAGAGAGGGGUAAUAAAUCCUAUGGUGAAUAUUGAACAGUUGUGGAAGGACUAUAUUAACUUUGAACAGAACAUUAAUCCAAUCAUCGCAGAAAAGAUGUCUAUGGAACGUAGUCGUGACUAUAUGAAUGCUCGUCGUGUAGCGAAAGAAUUUGAAGCGGUGACGAGAGGUCUAAAUAGGAACAGCCCUAGCAUACCUCCAAUGGGCCAUCCAGAAGAGUUGAAGCAGGUUGACCUCUGGAAGAAGUACAUUGCAUGGGAAAAAUCAAACCCUUUGCGAACUGAGGAUACUACUUUGAUUACAAGGCGUGUUAUGUUUGCUUUUGAACAAUGUCUUUUGUGUUUAGGACAUCAUCCUGAUAUCUGGUAUGAGGCCGCACAGUUUCUUGAGCAGAGCUCAAAGCUUCUAACAGAGAAAGGGGAUGUUACAGCAGCAAAACUGUUCAGUGAUGAAGCUGCUGCAGUAUAUGAGAGGGCAACAGCUUCUUUGUUGAAAAAGAACAUGUUACUCUAUUUUGCUUAUGCCGAUUUCGAAGAAGGAAGACUAAAAUAUGAGAAGGUGCAUCAAAUCUAUGGUCGUUUUCUUGAGAUUCCUGACAUUGAUCCAACACUGGCCUAUGUGCAGUACAUGAAGUUUGCUCGACGUGCUGAAGGAAUAAAAUCUGCUCGCACAGUGUUCAAGAGAGCGAGGGAAGAUUCACGCUCUAGGUUCCACGUUUUUGUAGCUGCUGCAUUGAUGGAAUAUUAUUGCAGCAAGGACAAGAAUAUUGCUUUCAGAAUAUUUGAACUAGGCCUAAAGAAGUUUUCGGAUAACCCUGAUUAUAUACUGUGCUAUAUUGACUAUCUUUCCCACUUAAAUGAGGAUAACAACACAAGAGUUCUAUUUGAAAGAGUACUGUCAUCUGGUAGCUUAGAGCCUGAAAAGAGUGUUGAAAUCUGGAAUCGUUUUCUUGAAUUUGAAUCAAAUAUUGGAGACCUCGCAAGUAUUGUUAAAGUUGAAAAGAGGCGAAGUGCUGUUCUCAGUCAGAUAAAAGAAUUUCAAGGAAAGGAAACAGCUCAGCUGGUGGAUAGAUACAAAUUCCUUGAUUUGUAUCCAUGUACUCCAGGUGAACUAAAAGCAAUAGGAUAUAAUGAAGUUGCGAGCACAGCAUCAAGAGCGUUUCACCCUCUGGCUGCCUGCUCAGCUUUAGAUGAAGACGAAGCUGCCAAAGUUCCUCGGCCAGAUGUCUCACAGAUGAUACCUUACAAACCUAAAGCUAAUACCAUACCUGGUGAUCAUCCUGUACCUGGUGGUGUAUUCCCGAUCCCUCCAGCAGCUGCACAGCUGUGCACCUUACUUCCACCACCGGGGUGCUUUCGGGGGCCAUUUGUUGCUGUUGAUUUGUUAUUGGAGGUCUUCAACAAGAUACAGCUGCCUGACAACCCUCCCCCUCCUAUAGCAGAUAAUGGAUGUGAUACAAAACUUUUUGAUCUAGCAAAAUCGGUGCACUGGAUUGUUGAUGAGAACUCUGAGGGCUCAAUCUCCUUAGGUAACCUGUAUACCAACAAGAGACGCCGAAGGCUAGGAGCUGCAGGUGGAGAUGAUAGUGAGGACGAUGAUAUGACUGGUGCGCCACCAGUGAAUGAUAUAUAUCGUGCCCGCCAACAGAAACGAGUUAAAUGACAUCAGGCACCUUCGUAUUUAUUGGACAUUGACGAAUGAUCCAUGUGGAUAUGAGCAAUGCGAAACAGUUCUGGUUCAACAGCGCACCUGAUAAUGACCGUGCUAUUCAGAAAAUUUCAUACUGAACACAACUUUAUCAAGUAAUAUGACUGUAAACCGACUUAUGAGUCGAACAAGGUACUGUUCUUACCCAUAAUAUUGUACCAUGUGUAACAUUUACACCCUUCAGUUACUAGUUUUGAUGUAAAAACAUGUUGCUUCACAUCGGGAAGCAAUGCAAGUAUAUUGUCUACAAAAACAAAUGUUAUGGUCACAUGUACUUACUUUUAAAACAAGAGAUAAAGAAGGCAGUGCUCAUUAGUUAUAUCAUACUUUCGUUAAUUUCACGUCCAUUCUGAACAAUCAGUAGUAUCAUCUCUUUCAAUAAGUAGGACAUGAAUCAUUCACACAAAACACGUGUAAGAGUUAUGCUAAGAGAUGAAAUGGAUUUUAGCUACUGUAUGAUAGUCCAUUUGUAAUUUUACAAAAGAACUGUAAAAUAUAUAUAGUUUAUAGAAAUAUUUUAUGACCUUUUGGCUUGAAGUCGUGUCCGUUUUAUGUUAAUAGAAUGUGUGUUUCCAGUAAGUUCACCAUUUUGUGAUGAUCAGAGGUCUAGGUGCUUGAAAAGUGCAUUUCAGUAUGUUGUGACAGUAUUUGAAACUAUAGAUAUUUCAGUUCUCAUAAGUCGCGUUGCUCUGUAAAUUUUGGAUGAAUAAGAAUGUCUGAAAAGUACAAGAAGAAUUUGUAGUACAAUAAGCCUUUUUAUUUUAAAAUAUUGUUGACUCGUUUUGAUACUUGUAUAUAGUUAAUAUCAUAUAAACACAAAAUAA